AUGAGACACCUGGAUGAUACUUUCUAUCUGAAGUUUGAAUCUGAUGUCGUUCAUUUGGCUGAUGCUGCUUUCUCAGCUCCUCUGGCUGAAUGUGUGCCAGAGAAGCCGAAGAGGUCUGCUCUGAACCAGUUGACCCGGACCCUCCUCAGGAAAUACGACUGCGGAGUUCGACCCGUUCACAACUGGACCAGUCAUAUCACCAUCCACAUCGACCUCAUCCUGCAGUCUGUCCUUGACGUGGAUGGAAAGACCCAGAGCAUGACAAUAAGUAUUUGGUACAGACAGAUCUGGACAGAUGAGUUCCUGGUUUGGGACCCAGAAGAGUUUGACGGCAUCACUGAGAUCUCGUUGUCAUCUGAUGCCAUCUGGAUACCUGAUGUUAUCGUCAGUGAAUUUGUGGAUGCAGGGAAGUCCCCUCCGAUCCCCUACGUUUACGUCAACUCCUCUGGAUCAGUGAAGAACAACCGGCCCAUGCAGGUGGUGCUGGCCUGCAGCCUGGAGAUGUACGCCUUUCCGUUUGACAAGCAGAACUGCAGCCUCACCUUCCGCAGCUGGCUUCAUUCAGUGAAGGAAAUAGACCUGGCUCUGUUGAGGAGUGCAGAGGCCAUUGCUAAUGAUCAGAAGGAGUUCAUGAAUGACGGAGAAUGGGAGCUAUUGUCAGUUCCCUCCCGCUACUGGCAAAUCCACCAGGACGACACUGAUUAUGCACAAAUCCAGUUCAAUGUGUUAAUCCGCCGGCGCCCCCUGCUGUACGUGGUGGGUCUCCUCAUCCCCAGCAUCUUCCUCAUGCUCGUAGACGUCAUCAGUUUCUACCUCCCUCUGAACAGUAGAACCCGCAUCGCCUUUAAGAUCAGCAUCCUGCUGGGCUACACAGUCUUCAGAGUCAACCUGACGGACGACCUUCCCUCGACCGCAGUCAGAACUCCCCUCAUAGGUGUGUUCUUCGCCGUGUGCAUGGCUAUGCUGAUGCUCAGCCUGACUAAGUCCAUACUGGUGGUGAAGCUGCUCCACCACAGCGAGAAAGAGGUCAAGCAAUUCUCAGUGUCGGCCUGCCUGCUGGACAAGUACGGCUCGGCUGGCCAGGAGUUCACCGAGAGCACCUUGACCUCCCUGAAAACCCUCGAAUUUAUCAACCCGUCUGAAGAUUAUGAGCUGGAUCCCUCACUGGAGGAGGACCUGCUGUCCCUGAAUGAAGUCCAACAUGCUCCUUCUGGUCUCGAGUGGCUCCUCCAGGAGUUGGUCUCCCUCCGUCUGGCUUUUUCCGAGGAUGACAGGGAGUCUGCAGCUCAGGCCGAUUGGCUGGCUCUCUGCCUUAAACUGGACCUCUACCUGUUCCGCUUUUACCUGUUUGUUCUCAUCCUGUAUACCAGCACUCUGCUGCUGCUCUGGGCCAGUUGGAGCUUCGCCUGA